AUUUAAUGAAAGAAGACAUGAACUCUUUCAGAAUAUCUGGAAAAGAAGAACUGUUCAGGAAAAAUUUACUUUCGCUCAGAAAAUUAUACGAACAUAACAGUAUCCUUAGAGCCCAAAUAACUCUAUUUAAUAAAUUUAAAUUAAAAAAUGAAAACCUUAUUCAUGCAGAUUUUGAACAGUUAGAACUAAAAUAUAAAAAUUUAAAAACUAAAGAAAUAAACUUAGAAAAGAAAAUCGAAAAAUUAAAUAGAAAAAUUAUAAAAUCGACACAAAAAAAAUUACAUUAUGACGAAAAGAGUCUUUAUCUAGAAAAGCUUUUAAAUGAUAAGAUGGAAUUAUUAAAAGAAUCUAAUAACAAAAUAAAAAGUAAAAAGAUUUUAUUAAAUGAUUUAAAAAAGAAAAAAGACGAAUCUAUUAAAAGAAAUAAUGAAAUGGAAAUAAAUACGAUAACAAAGAAUGUGUAUGAAGAAUUUGACGAAAAAAAACAAUAUGUAAAAAAAUUGAAAAUAAUGUUGGAAGACGUGAAAAAGAAAUAUGAAAGUUUAAGUAAAGAAGAUAUUAAAGAAUAA